GCUGCCAUCGGCACUUUCCUCGUGCGCAUGGUUGCCACGGAUACGGACACGGAGAGCGUGAUUCGCUACUCCCUCGACGGAGCCUCGCUUGUCGUCACGAAACAUGGCGCCAUCGUCGCCAACUUCAGCGAGCCGUGGUUCGAGAUCGACGCCGAGUUAGGAGAUGUUCGUACAUCUUCGCGGAUCGACCGCGAGGUCGCGGCGCGGGUUCACCUACGCGUCGUCGCCACCGACGUCGCUGCCGCCGUCCCGCAGACCGGCACAGCCACUCUCGCUGUCGACAUCCUCGAUGUCAACGACAAGCCGCCCGUGUUUGGCGCCCCCUGGCGGCCAGACAGUCCGCAGGUCGACGUCUCCGUGAUGGAGGAGGCGCCGCUAGGGACUCUCGUCGCCACGGUAACAGCAUCCGACCCGGAGUCCGGCAUCGCUCGCUAUGAGAUCAGCGGCAGCGACGCGCAGUACUUCGAGAUCGGCGAACGCACAGGUAACGCCAUCUGGUGGUGGUGGCAGCGGCAUGCGAACUUGGUCUGGUGUUAGCGUGUCACACUGAUAACGGCAGAAGCAAUGCAUGCGAGAUGUGUGAGCGUGUGUUUGUAUCUCUGCUGCUUGCAGGCAUAUAUACUAGUUUAGAACCCUGGCCUUCAAAAUAUGAUUUUUUCGCAGAAAGAUGGCGCCACGAUGCUUAUACA